UAAUUUCUCGUAUUUAAGAAAAUUAAUAUAAUAUAGUAUAUGAUUAAAUUCUGUGCUUUCUUCUGAGAGUUUUCAUUGUCAGGAGGACAGUUUUUAUCUCUUCAAAGGGAAAAGCUAUUGCUUUUUGUUUUCUCUAGCAGAAUUCAAUGAUUUGAGAUUGUAAUAGAAAACAAAAACUGAUACACACACAGUUGUUAAUGGAAGAAGAGAAUCUCAGAAGCAAGUUCAAAAGGGUGUGUGUUUUCUGUGGAAGCAACUCUGGUCAUAGAAGAAUCUUCAGCGAGGCUGCUCUUGAAUUGGGCCAUGAACUGGUUAAGAGGAAGAUAGACUUGGUUUAUGGGGGUGGAAGUGUUGGGUUGAUGGGUUUGAUAUCCAAGACAGUGCAUGAUGGAGGCUGUCAUGUUCUUGGGAUAAUUCCAAAAGCUCUCAUGCCUCUGGAGAUAUCAGGAGAACCAGUCGGUGAAGUGAGAACGGUUUCAGACAUGCAUGAGCGCAAAGCUGCAAUGGCCCGAGAAGCCGAUGCCUUUGUUGCUCUUCCUGGUGGAUAUGGAACAAUGGAAGAGUUGCUGGAGAUGAUAACAUGGUCCCAACUCGGAAUACAUAAGAAAACAGUUGGUUUGCUAAAUGUCGAUGGUUACUACAAUAAUUUGCUUGUGUUAUUUGACAACGGCGUUAAAGAGGGUUUCAUCAAGCCAGGUGCUAGGCAUAUAAUAGUCUCUGCUCCAACAGCCAAAGAACUAAUGGAGAAGAUGGAGCAAUACAAACUUUGCCAUGAACACGUGGCUCCUCAAGAAAGUUGGCAGAUUGAGCAACUCGGUGAUUAUCCCAAUCAACUAUAAAUGCACAAUGAAGCAUUGCUGGUAGGUUUCCCCUUCUUUUGAUUCCUGAUGUGAUGCAUAAUCAUCGAGUUAUGAACGACAUAGCUCUCUUUGAAUGGGCCACAUGUUGGUCGUUUACCAUGUACUUUUAUCGCCAUAAAAAUGGGAUUUGAUUAUAUUAAAA